AACCUUAUCUGUGAAUCCCUCCCUCCUUCCCUCCCAAAAUGGCCGAUGCUAUAGUUUCUUUUGUCCUAGACCAGCUAACGACAACCAUCGUUGACAAGGCCUCUGAAGAGGUGGAGCUGCUAGUUGAUGUUGAGAAAGAAGUGACAAAGCUUGAAACAAAUCUCCGUCUCAUCGAUACUUUUCUCCGAGAUGCUGAGGAGAAGAAAAGAACGGAUGGUCUUGUCAAGGAAUGGCUAGACAGGCUCAAAGAAGCUUCUUACGACAUGGGGGAUGCGUUGGAUGAGUGGAGAACUACAGUAGAGAUCGAAGCACUUGAAGCACAAAAUGCUGCUUCUCUGAAGAAGGCACUAUGCAAUUUCAUUUCGUGCUUUUCUAUUCGUCGUGCAUAUACCCAUCGUAAAAUUGCCCUCAACAUAAAAGAAAUCAAUCAAAGAUUAGAUGAUAUUGUAAAGAAGAAAGAAAUGUAUCAGUUGCAGCUGAUGUCGAUGCCGAUAAGUAACACAAUCAAUCAUCUUCAACAACGGCCAGAAACUUCGUCUUUGGUGGAUGUGUCAAAACUAUGUGGUCGGGAUAAGGAGAAGGCAGAUAUACUGAACUAUUUGUGGGGAGGGAGUGGUGAAAAUGAGGCUGGUGAACUAAUCCCUACCAUAUCUAUUGUAGGGAUGGGGGGUUUAGGAAAGACUGCUCUUGCACAACUAAUAUGUAAUGACGACAAUGUUAAAAAGCAUUUUGACAGGGUAAUAUGGGUUUGUGUCUCUGAUCUUUUUUAUGAGAAAAAAGUUGCAAGGGCAAUCAUUCAAGGGCUUGAAAAACUUACUCAUGGUGCUGCAUACGGCCUAGAAUCGGAUCCAUUGCAGUUCCUUUUGGAGCGGAUUUCUCGCUCUAUCCAGGGAAUGAAAUAUUUUCUUGUUUUAGAUGAUGUUUGGGAUGGAAAUAAAGGAGAGAGGUGGGAAGGACUGAAAACCACUUUCAAAUUGGGUGCCCCAGGAAGCAGAAUUUUGGUUACUACACGUGAUGUUGAAGUUGCAAAAAUGAUGGGGUCCUCUUCCUCACAAAUCAUUUCUCUGGAGAAAUUGGGUGACGAGCAAUGUUGGUCAAUAAUUAAACAUUUGGCAUUAGAAGGAAGGGACAAUCAAAAUUUGGAGAAAAUUGGAAGAGAAAUAGCAAAGAAGUGUAAGGGCUUACCGCUUGCUGCAAAAACUCUAGGAAGCCAUUUAAAGUCCAAAAGAAUAAAGCAGUGCUUCAUGUAUUGUGCUCUUUUUCACAAAGACUACGAAAUCAAUCGUUGGGUAGUAAUUGCACAAUGGAUGGCGAUGGGUUAUUUAGGGUCGGAUGGUAAUGCAGAUUUGGAGUCAAAAGGGAACGAGUACUUUCACAUCUUAGUAGAACGUUCUUUCUUUCAAGAUAUUGAAAUGUUCGAAGGAGAGAUUGCUUGUUGUAAGAUGCAUGAUAUAGUACACGAUUUUGCUCGGUAUUUGGGGGAGAAUGAGUUUGCAACUAAAGAGAUCAACUCGGAUCAUUCGACUAUAGAUGGGUCAAAGAAUCGUCACUUGACAGUGAUGAUUGAUGAAGGGAUCCCUUUUCCUACAUCUAUUUCUGGUGCAGAAAAAUUGCGAGCCCUCAGAACUUUCACUGGAAAGGAUGCAUUGACUUAUGAGGCCUUGGGUAGCUUGUUUAAUCAUUGCAGACGCUUACGGGUAUUGAUUUUGGGUUGGCCUGAUGGAACUGAUCAUUUUUGCAAAGAAAUUCCUGAAGGAAUAGGGAAAUUGAUACACUUGAGACUCCUUUACUUGCGUGAUGGUCGUAAAUUAGAAAGCCUGCCUGAAGCACUCUGCAACCUACUUAAUUUGGAGUUUUUGGAUUUGUUGGGCUGCACAAAUCUCAAGCAGUUGCCAGAUUCAAUAGGAAAAUUAAUCAACUUGAGGCAUCUUUGUACUGCUGGUUGCUCUGCUCUCACUCAAUACCCAGAAGGGCUUCAGAAAUUGACUUCUCUUAGAUAUCUAAGUGGGCUCAUUGCCAGAGCUGAUCGUAAUAAUGCUAAAGAAUUUUGCCUUGCCGAUCUUGGAAACUUGAAACACCUCCAUGAACUGGCUUUGAAAGUGGUGGGGAAUUCAAUCGAUAUGGAGCAGGCUAGAAAAGCUCAACUUCAGGACAUCCAGUGGUUGUCUAUAUUUUUGGCUGGCAGUAUUCAAAGAGCAGAUAUAAUUGAAGCCUUAGACCCACAUCGAAACAUACCAAAUUUAGGGUUCUACGGCAACUACUGGUUCUCAUGGGGUGCAGUGCAGCUUCCUGAUGAAUAAAAAAGGUAAUCCAUUUAUCCCAUAUAAAUGCUCUUUUUCAGUUUUCCCAAUGAGAAAUCAUCCUAUAUAUGUGCUCUUCAAAUUGAUAUUUUUCUUCAAACAUCGCUGAUUUCUAAUUAAGCUUCCUCAUACUAAACAAAUAUGGACUUUGCUUUGCGAUUGAAAUGCUUCUCUAUGUGGGAUGCAGCUUACUUUCCCUAGGUAAUGUUUUAUACCAUAUAAAACAAUAAUGCUUUCAGUUUUCU